AAUAGUUUGAGUAGACACUCUUCUGCUUCCUGCCUGCCCGCCUGCCUCGCUCGCUCGCUCUGUGACCGAGAGAGACAUUGAGAGAAAAUCCCUGUCUAGGCAUGGACCUCUGGCUGCAGCACUCGGCAGCUCGCGAGGAAUGACAACAGUUCACAUGGUCAUUAACUCCACUUGCUGAGGCUGAAGGGAGAGCCGCAGUGUAGCUGAGUGGCACAGAAGCAUCGGCUGCUUCCAAGACAGAGGCAGACAGCAGUGCUCCCGUGGACCCCAUGAAACAAGAUCACUGACAGAAAGUGCCUUGUGAGACAGCAUCUCUACUUGAAGAUCCGUGAGUGUUUCCGAAGACUCCAGACACAGCUUCGACCGCAGGCUCCCCCGACUUUAAAAGUGACGCUGCUGCACUCUUGGCAAAGGUGCCAAAGCUAAGAGACUUCAUACUGAAUAUAGAAAGCCUCAAACUUUGUCCUAAAUUGUGCCAUUGUACCUCGAAAUAGGACCACCUCUGCCCCCCCGGUAAAGACACCAUCACUCAUAAAGAGGACACUUUGAGGACGUUGGAACAGCCGAUACAGGUUGUUUCCAGGCAUGCCCCUCUGCCUUGUCAGAGGUCUGCACCUGAGACGUAGUGAUUGAUGAACACGAGGCCGUUUGAUUGACAAACCGCACACCAGCACCAUCGUGUAAUUCCAUGUUCAGGUCACCGAGACUCUGUCAGUCCAUUACCUCUCCUUCACCGUCGGCGAGGACAAACCUCGUCCACUGACCUGUGGCAGAUUAUUUAUAGCUACAUGUCCCCUCAGUUUUAGCUGGUGUGGAGUUUUAUUUUCCUUCUUUUAUUUAUUUAUUUAUUUAUCUAUUUAUUGAAAUCUUUUUUUACUGGAACACGACAAAACCCCCCCACAGAGGAUAGCCGAGGUCCUCCUUAAAUCAAGUCCUCCACAGCUCCGCUGCCGUUGCCCCUCGACAUGGCUCUAAACAUAGCCUCGAUACGGGACACGAAAUGGCUGACCCUGGAAGUGUGCCGGCAGUUUCAGAGGGGGACUUGUUCACGCAGCGAUGAAGAAUGCAAAUUCGCCCAUCCACCCAAGAGCUGCCAGGUGGAGAAUGGGAGGGUGAUCGCCUGCUUUGACUCAUUAAAGGGUCGUUGCACGCGAGAGAACUGCAAAUACCUCCAUCCGCCCGCUCACCUGAAGACCCAGCUGGAGAUCAACGGCCGAAAUAACCUGAUCCAGCAGAAGACAGCGGCCACCAUGUUGGCUCAACAGAUGCAGUUCAUGAUCCCCGGCACCACCAUGCAGCCUGUGCAGACUUUCCCAGUGAGCCAGGGCCUGGGCUCCACCGCGGGUCUGAGCUACGCCCCGUACCUGACUCCGAUGUCCCACAGCAUGGGCCUGGUGCCCACCGACAUCCUCCCCAGUACUCCCGUCAUCGUCCCCGGCAGCCCUCCCGUCUCGGUGACCGGCGGCUCCUCCUCCAACCAGAAGCUUCUGCGUACCGACAAGCUGGAGGUGUGCCGCGAGUUCCAGCGGGGCAACUGCGCCCGCGGCGAGACGGACUGCCGCUUCGCCCACCCGAGCGACAGCCCCAUGAUCGACACCAGCGACAACACGGUCACCGUGUGCAUGGACUACAUCAAGAGCCGCUGCUCUCGCGAGAAGUGCAAGUACUUCCACCCUCCGGCCCACCUGCAGGCCAAGAUCAAGGCGGCCCAGCACCAGGCCAACCAGACGGCUGUGGCUGCGCAGGCUGCCGCUACAGCUGCAGCCAUGACUCAGUCGACUGCCAAAGCAAUGAAGCGACCCCUCGAGGCAACUGUAGACCUGGCGUUCCCCCACGGUGUCCUCCAGCCCCUACCAAAGAGACCGGCACUCGAGAAGAGCAACGGAGCGAGCUCCCUGUUCAACCCCAGUGUCUUGCACUACCAGCAGGCGCUGGCCAACGCACAGCUCCAGCAGCCCGCUUUCUUUCCCACAGGGUCAGUGUUGUGCAUGACUCCUGCUAGCAGUCUUGUCCCAAUGAUGUACAGUGCUACGCCUGCUACUGUUUCUGCAGCAACAACUCCUGCCACAAGUGUCCCCUACGCAGCAACAGCACCAGCCAAUCAGAUCAUCCUGAAAUAAGCAUAAGGAGAGGAAUGGAGUGUCACGAAGCUGCACUAGGAAGCCCAAAACAGCCCUUCUGUAAAUACUAUCUCCCCCUUCCCGUAGAGGUCCAGCAACCCGCAUGCUAAGAGUGUAACACCUCCGUUUAAUCGUAAGAACUGCAGUGCCGGUGUAACACACAGAAGACAAAAAAAAGCUAUUUACUGUAUGUAUUGCUUUAAAAAAAGAAAAAAAGGAAAAAAAAGCUAUUAACAUGGAAGAGUAAAGAAUAUUCUUAUGUAUAGGACAUCAUCGCAGAUACACAGUAGAGGUCAUGUUAACAACUGUUUCCCAGCUGAUCCCUCCUCUCGCAUAUUUAUUCUAAAAACCUCUGCACGGCAGUCAUCCCUUUGGUUCGCGGAGACAGAUGUUUGGUUUGCAUAAAAAGCGGAAAAUGGAAAGAGUCACAGAAAAACAAAAAAAAAACAUGCACAACCGCAGCACCGGUCAGGAGGGGUUCGCCUCGCAGUCCCCGCCCCCCAAAUCCCCCAGAGGCUGUUAAGAUGCCAUCGCUCGCCCCCCCUCGCCCUGCCAACGGUUCAUCCACGGAAAUAUCAUGCCAAAGCUGCAGCUUGGAAGAGGUUGAUGAAGUCAGCCCGCCAGAAUUCACCGCCACACUUUUAAGCACCCUCCAAAAUUCUUUUUAUUUUGCCAUCGCGCCAUGCUGCAAGAACAAUCCACCCUCCCUUUAUGCGUUUGCGAAGCCGGGUUCAGUUUGUCAGCGGAUGCAGUCUGGACAGGAGGAGAUUUGUGUUGACAGACGGUCGCGGCCAAUACCGACGAGCCCGAAGGCUCGGGUCUGUGCCAAGGGCUCAGCGCAGCUCAAGGGGUCUGCUCCAGACAUGCUAAGCCUUGUGCGCGUGCUAAGUGUGUGCAUGUGUGUUCAUAUCUGGAUACUGAUGGUCUGCAGGCAGACUGCGACUUGAAGCGAGGACUAGCAGGUGAUGGCAACACCGGGCCUGGUAGGAGGAGGGUUUGUUUUAUCUUAUUUUAUUUUGAAAGGGAGGACGAGGGAUUCAAGUGCUAAGCCUAAAGAGAAGAAAAAAAAACAAAAACAGACAAAAAAAACUAACAAACGGUGCAUUCGACGACACUCGUCAAGCAAAAAGAUGACUUGAACUUGGACUGGAGGGCUAUCUGUGACCGUCGGUUGUCCUGUCCAACCCAACUAUCACCGAUAAUCCUGUUCCAUUUUAGAAAAACUGUAGAAGUGCCUAAAAGAAGAAAAAAAACAAAACAAAAAAAUGCUCAUCAACGACACGUGUCCGGAGUGGAUCCCUACAAGUCACGAACAACAACACAACCCACUGUCCGAAACGUACCUUCUGGGAAAAUAAAAGACGUUGUGACUUCAUCGGGACGAAGAGAAAAGAAAAGAAACGACAAAUCAAAUCUAGCUUUGUAGAAUGUUUGGUGACUUUCACGGUUUCUUACGUGGGUUUGAGUAGUUUUACACGAGGAACGUGAGUGAGAAAAACAAUGUAUUGUAAACUGUGUAAUGUAUGUAAAGUGUCUCUUAUUUUGAAAGUUUAUAUUCAUGGUUCUAGAAAUGUAUUCAGACUUAUUUAAAGUUUAAAGUUUGUGUUGUGUCUACUAUGCUGGUGUGUAUGAACACCCCGCCCCAGAGACCCUCCCUCCGCCACCUCACAAAUCACAUCUUAUUUUACUUUCCACCAAUGAUCUUGAUCAAUAGCCGUGUGUUUUAACUCCAAUACUGAUGUAAUUUCAUGGUGCUUUAUUGACAUUGACAAUCCCCCCCCAAUCAUAAAAUUCAAACACAUUUUAGUCCCAUUCACUUUGAAUGUCUUCACAUACAUCGUGACUUGUUUAUAAUAUUUGUAGAAGGUGGUACAAGUCCUUUUUUUUUUUUUUGUAAUUUAUCUUUUUUUUUUUUGGUCAAAUUUGAGUCAAAAAAAAAAAACAAGUUGUAAACUAUUCUAUUUUGACAUGAAUGUAAUUUAUUGAGCUGCGCUACAUUCUGCACGGUGGGGUCAUCCGGAGGUCGAACCCGUCAGGUCCGCGAUCGAGAAGCCGCACACGUCCGAAGGGUGGGGCCCGGCUUUAAAAGUCGACCCCGCCGAAGGUCGAACGCUACUGGAUCCUUCUUGCCUUCUCAUCGAUUUCAAAUGAAAAAAGGAAAAAAAAACUGAUCACGGCGUUGCAGUAAUGAGCAUAGUCAUAGAGUUGCUUGUGUUGUUGGAAAAACAAAACAAAAACACACACACACACAAAUGUUUAUUGUAUAGAUGACAUUUUACAAGAAAAAAAGCAAAGAAAUGUACAAAAAAAACAACAAAAAAAGAUGUAAUUUUCACUCUAGUCUGAUAGUAUUUCAUAACAAGAUUAAGUUGUUGCUGUGGCAACCAAAUCUUACAAUUACUAAAGUUCGGUAUUUUUGUAAAUGACAUUGUUAAGUUGUUUUUUUGUUUGUUUUUGCUAGAACACUGUACACAAGGUAGAUUGUAAAGGAGAUAUGAACAUUUCUUAUUCUUCACUGAGAUUAUAACAACGACCUAAUAUUUUCAUUAGCAAAUCGCAGCCUCUGUAGCGCCGCGACUGUAACACUUAUAGAUUAAAAAGUCAUCAAUGUUAUAUAGAUUACAUAUAAAUAUAAAUCUAUAUAUGUAAGAACUAAAUAUUCUAUGAAUGAAUAAGUUCAGAUGUACAACUCCUCCCCUGAUAAAGGACCUUUAAGUUCCACACUGAGAGUUUUUAAUUGAGACAUAUGUAUCACUAGAGUUUUAGGAUUGCACUUUGUUUAAAGAUCUGUUUCGAGGUCUCUGCACCACGUUGGUACAGUCGAAUCUGUUCAUCAAAAGCACCGGUGGUCAACUUUUAAUUGAACGUGUCGUUGCAUGGGUAAACAAUAAUUUCUUUUUAUUAUUAAAUUAUAACGUACUGAAUGUUUCUAGUGAAAACAAAAAAAAGGAAAAAAUGUCUGUACAAAAUUUGAAAAAAUGAAAAAAAAAUGUUCUCAUUCGUUGACCCGAGACACCCUCGUGUUCGGGGUCGUCUUGGGAUGUUUCUUGAAAUGUGUUGGCAACGAUUGACUGAUGGUUUAAAAAAAAUAAGAGAGCGAGAGAGAGAGAUGUAAGCACUUUCUGAGCAGUUGGUCAACUGAGCAGACUCAGCUUAUCCAAACACUUUGCCUUAUCUUGAGUCCAUCGUGCUUAAGGUUUUAUGUUGUAAGAGCUCUUAUGAAAUUAUUAUUAUUAAAGAGAUGUGAAUGGCUCUCUCUUCUCAAAUCCCUUCUGAGUUUCAUUUUGAAUAUGAAUCUUUAUAUUUGAAAUCAUUUUAUAAGGUUUUAAUGUGUGCAUCGCAAGGCCAAAAGUGGGGGCUGCGGCCUGAACGGAGCAGUUACUGGUCUUUACUUCUGGUGUCCUGGAUCUCAUGACGUUUAUUUUGUGCCAUUGCCUUACAAUGGGACAGGCGGAGCGUGUAGUUCACCGCUUCGUCCAGCAGAGGGCACUACACCGGAAACCAGGUUUGAAAUGACUGUGUCAUCCUUGUUGUGGUCUCACUAACCAACAAAGACAACAAAAAAAAAAAGAAAAGAAGUUAAAUUGACAAGAACACCCUCACUAGAGUUAUGGUUUCAAUGUAAUCCUUUUAAAUGUAUUCUUUUUCUUUUUUUUUGCAUAUAUUUUGUGCUAUUUUAUGUUUAUAUAGUCGAAUGUUUCUUUGGUUCCAGCAAGAUAGUGUAAAAUCUAUUGAAAAGAAAGAAAUAAAGAAAAUCAAAUGAC